AUGCCUCGCGGCGGCUUUCAUCCAGUAGAACUCCGUGUCCAAGUUCUUACUUUAUCAGCUAUCGGAUUUAGUACAGAGAAGAUCUCAAAAUCUUUGAAUCUCUCUCCUCGUACGGUCCAGAGCAUCGUAAAGAAAGGCAGAGAUCGUGGCUACCGGCCGGAAGUAAGCCUGCGCGUGCAGCUUGAAUUUGUUGAGGAUAGAAAGCGAUCUGGCCGGCCUGUUGAGAUUACUGAAGCUACUCAGAAUACUGUUAUUACUUCAGUAACUGCAGAUCAAGCAGGGCGCGAGAAAUCAUCAGAAAUUCUUGCUUAUGAAGCUGGUAUCUCCCAUUCUUCUGUUCUUCGUAUCCUUCAUUCUCAUGGCUUUGUUAUUGCAAAACCUUCCUGGAAGCCUGGUCUGACUGAAGCUGCUCGUCUUAGGCGUCUUGAAUUCUGCCUUGCCCACCAACAUUGGACAUUAGAAGACUGGAAACGCGUGAUCUUUACCGACGAGACUGGUAUUAUUCUUGGCCACCGCCGCGGAGCAAUACGAGUGUGGAGGACUGUGAAAGAUUCACAUACAAGGAAUUGUGUACGGAGGCGCUGGAAGGCCUGCUCUGACUUCAUGGUAUGGGGUUGCUUCUCAUAUGAUAAGAAGGGCCCUUUACAUAUCUACAAGCCGGAGACUGCUGCCAUGCGGAAGCAGGCAGAUAUAGAGAUUGAAGCCAUGAAUCGUGAGCUGGAACCUCUAUGCCGGGAGGAAUGGGAGUUGGCUACAGGUCUUUCUCGUGUUCAUUUACGCCCAAAUCGCGGCCGUGUUCCUAAAUGGAAUUGGAACAAGAAGAACGAGGAUAGCGCGCCUGCCCACUGUCACCGAAUCCAGCAGCAUGUCUAUAAAGCAGAAGACGUGCAAAAGAUCCUUGACUGGCCUGGCAAUUCACCGGAUCUCAACGCAAUUGAGCCGUGCUGGGCUUGGAUGAAGAAGCGUACAACAUCCCGCGGUGCGCCCCGCGAUAAGAAGACAGGAGAAGCAGAAUGGAGGCAGGCUUGGGCGGAUCUCCCACAGGAGACUAUACAACACUGGAUUGAGCGUCUAAUUCGUCAUAUUCAGAUUGUUAUCGAGCUAGAAGGGGGUAAUGAAUACAAGGAGGGCCGUGAGGAUCGCGAUACGCGUAGUUGGGCAGGCAGGCGGAUUAAAGGGCGACUAUCACCACGUGUAGACCUCGCUCUACAGCCAAUAGAGGCCCCUGAAUAG